CGCAAAUAUCGGCAUGAAUUGCCCAAAGUUUCAGUAGCCCGGACAACGGAUUUACUUUUUCGAUAGACUGGGUUGAUGUUUGUUCGGACAUCUGCGGAGCUUCAGUGGCACAGCAUAUCAAUUCUUUUUGGAUUUUAAUGGAAUAUUUUUGAAAUUAUCCUCGCUAUGGAUCAAAUGUGCCGCAGACCACGUCCGCAGAGCGAACUUCUUAAGUCACAAGGAAAGUAUCUCAGGCAUAACGACAGUGAUGACUGCUGUCUGAGUUCGGAUGAUGCUCAGCUUGUGGUGGACCGGAAACUACUGAAGAAAACGUGCUCUGCCCCAAGUCAGAUAAUACCUGGACGGAAUGAAAGUGAAGUCUGGAAUCAUGCACUGGGCUCCGUCCUAAAUCAGACAAGUGGUACUACGGUAGGCAUUGAUUUUUCGACGGCCACCGAAGAUGAAAAACCAGUGUACACGGAUACUGGGCAGCUAAAAGCCACUGAAGUUUACGCAAUCGAACAGCCAGUUUCCAAUGCCGACUCCUCGGUCAGUUUGGAAUCAGAAGGAUUUUCCAGUAGUAACAACAAUAGACAAGGCAACAGUUCCCCAACAGGCCAACUCAGAUCAGCACUGCCUCCACUGCGGAAACGGAUAUUUUAUAGUCGUGAAUGGAUAUUCGAGAAGCUGUUGAAACAUCUACGUCCAAGUGGUCAAGAAACCGUGCCAAAGCUCCUUUCGAACAUGGAUGAACUCGAUACGGUGACAGAAACGGGGACCGUGCUUUCGGAAUCCAUACACAGAGCGUCGUCAGGAGCGGCUUGCCAACGCUUGCGUAUAAUCGUUAUCGUAGGUGGACCUGGAUCCGGAAAAACCACAAUAUGUCGGAGGAUCAUCGACGCCCGGUCACAAGCUCAUCACCUGACCCAAACUGGUCUCGCAAUCCAGUCAAUGCCGUUGUGCGUACAGAUUGCGGCCCAUGUGUUAUCAUCACACUUCUGUUAUCAACAGAUCAAAUCAACCCUGGAUCCUUCCCUACUGGUUCUUUCAAUGCACAAACAAAUUUUGAAUUCGCCCGCACCAUUAUGUGAGCUCUAUAGUCGUGUGAUUCAGGCGAACGAGGGUGAACUGGGUAGUUAUUUGUCAGAGGCGAAUGUCUAUGCCUCUCCGGAUUCGGCACUUCGAUACGGUGUUUUGAGCGCAUUGCACAAAAUUACUCCCUUUCUGUUUGAGGGACAAUUCAGACAUCGAGACAUAUCAACUGCUGGGGAAUUCGGUCACGCACAGUCGGGCAUAAUUUAUCCCGGCGUCAAUCGACUUGUUAUCCUCGUAGACGGAAUUGACGAAAUGGAUUGUGCUCGUGCCCUGGAUGUUUCUGAUUGGCGUUCCGGAACUUGCUUGGUAAACGGGAACCAAGCGGCUCACCCUCCCGAUUUGGUCAGCAAAUCGAUCCUUGAUUUAUUUGUUAAUAACGCCCAGUUCUUCCCCGAGUGGAUUUGUUUGCUGUUCACCUGUCGUCGACAAAACAGAAAUAUAAUUAGCCGAAUGUUCCCGGGAAGCAGACGCAUCACCAUCGAUGACCUUCAUCGAUCUGCUGUAAGUCAUGAUGUUCAUCAAUAUCUUCUAUCUCGUCUGGCUGUGGAGCAGGGAUUGCAACAAGCAUUCCGGGCCUACAUGCAUUCGGAUGUUUUGAGUUUGCUCCGAAUCAAAAGCAGUGCUUGCCUUCUCUACCUGGAAACCCUCUUGGAUGCCAUUGGUGAAUUCUGGAUUAGGCCGGACCAACUGGCUUUGAUUCCGGGCACAUUGAACGGUCUUUUUUUGUGGAUUUGUCAACAAAUUUUCCAAUCAAACGUACCAGCUGACAAUACCGCGAAAUUCGAUUCAGUUCGUCCAAUCCUCGAAGUCUUGUUGGCUUCCCGAGAAACGCUGAGUGUGGACGAUGUCUUCCAUAUUCUCUCUCCUGUCUUCUCGUCUCUGACUUAUUCGGAGUUCUACGAGCAAUUGCACAUGCUUCGAAGAAUUCUGGUUACCAUGAGUGUUGAGGAAGAGCAUUCCUACUACUACACUGCCGCCUCAUCCAAGCCUUGUCCAUCAGGAACCAGUAAAAUUCAUUUCUUUCAUCCAAGUUUCGCCGAGUGGCUUUCGGAUGUAAAACACUGUACGGCAGCUUACCUCUGCAACCCUAGUAAUGGACAAGAUAUAAUUCGCCAAGCAGCUGACAAAAGCACCCCUCCCAUUCGAUCAAGGUCAUUGGGAGUUGAAGUACAAAAUCGGAAGAAAACAACGAAUCUAAAGACUACACAGCCUCGAGAAACGCAUGCUUAUGGUUCACGCCUGACAGAUCACGACGUGAACACUACUCAGUGCGACCGGCAUGAGGCAGAUGUGAAACAAAUGGAAUCUAGCGCAUACUACUAUUACACUAACUGCACUACUGAUUCACUGCAGACAGAACCACCUGCAGAACAAACACAGUCGUUCACCCCGCACCAUCCACCGCAUGACCGUAGUGGGUUUUCGAAAAAGCAUUCCUUGGUUUUGGCCGCUCGUCUUGGCGAACAUGAAAAACUGUGUAGUUUGUUGGACGCCGGAGCGGAUGCUAAUCAACUUGACGAAGAUGGCUGGUCUGCUCUGAGAACAGCCGCUUGGCGUGGACAUGUGGAUAUCGUCGAUUUGCUCCUUAAUCGUGGUGCCAAAGUUGACCUUGCUGGAUCCGACGGCCGCAGUGCCUUACGCGCUGCAGCCUGGGCCGGUCAUGAGGAGAUUGUCCAAAGACUGUUGGAUGCCGGAGCAAACGUGGAUAUUCAGGAUGCCGAGGGACGAUCCCCACUUAUUGCUGCUGCCUAUAUGGGUCAUGUGGGUGUGGUUGAAUUGAUUGCACAGGCGGGUGCGAAUCUAAACCAUGCUGAUGAAGACGGUCGUACGGCCCUUCACGUUGCCUCCUUCUGUGUUCGGCCGUCCGAAACGCACCAGGAAGUCGUUUCGUGUCUGUUGGAAUAUGGCGCCAAUCCAAACGUAUUUGACCAUGAAGGUCUGACGCCACUUCUAGGGGCUGCGCGUAUCGGAAACCAUGCGGUUUGUGAACUGUGCCUUGAAGCUGAUACUGAUGUCAACCAGACGGAUAAGUAUGAUAACACAGCCCUCAGUCUGGCUGUCCUUGGUGGUCACACAAGUGUCGUCCGAUUAUUGCUGUUUUGGGGUGCAGCAGUCGAUGCGAUGGACAACGCCGGCAGGUCACUUUUGAGCAUUGCAGCCUCCACAGGGAACGCAUCGAUUGUGCAAGAACUGCUUGCUCGUGGCCUAGACGAGGCACAUCGAGAUCACACAGGAUGCACCCCGUUACAUUUGGCGGCUGCAGGAACAGUCGCAGCCCCGUCCUCGAAUGGGGAAGAGAGCAAUGCGGUGCGAGACUACUGCGAAGUCAUCAGGCUCUUGGUGGAGAGUGGAGCUCAGCUGACUGACGUCGACAAUUCGGGGAGAACGCCACUGCUAGUUGCUUGUGAAACAGGACAUGUCGAGGCUGUCAAAGUCCUACUUACCCUCAGUUCGGCUGUCAGCGAUUCAGAAUCUCACAGUUUGGGUCAGUCCAACACAGCCAGUGUCCCCUCCAUCCCUUCCGAACAGUUCGUACCGCACGCUCGAGGAUCUAUCGGUGCGGAUCCCACGAGCACGUUAGUCGGUCGACCCUCAUUAGAUGGUCAUACGCCUCUACGAGUGGCAGCAAUGACAGGCAAUGCUGAUUUGGUCGGUGUACUGCUAGCGGCCGGAGCUGACCCAGAUUACCAAGCUAUUCCUAUGCCACCUAACUGUCCAUCUGUUCCUUUCUUCCAGGAUGCAUACGGUCGAACAACACUCUAUCUAUUGGCUCUUGAAGGCAUGGUGGAAAUGGCCGAUCUCCUACUGCAUACACCUGCGCCAGGUGCACACGCUCGACCAGGGGUGAUGGCGGUUGUAGGGGCCAAUCCCGUGUUAGCUGAUGAUGAGGGUCGAUGUCCUCUCCAUGUUGCAACUUGGCAAGGUCAUCUUGAGAUGGUCAGGUUGCUCUUACAGGCAGGGACUCCGGUCGAUAUUCGGGAUAGAGAGGGACGAACUCCUUUGCAGCUUGCGGCUUGGCAGGGACAUACCUCAAUAUGUCAGGUACUUCUGAACGAAGGAAACGCCCGGGUGGAUGCUGUGUGUAGUCAAGGCGCUACUUCCCUUUGUAUUGCAGCACAGGAAGGCCACUUGGAGGUGUGUACAGUGCUUCUACAAGCUGGUGCAAAUCCGUUUCAAGCAGACAGUCAUGGUCGAACUCCUUAUCGAGUCGCGUUGAAAGCAUGCCAUUUCGAAAUCUGUGAAAUGCUUGAGCAAAACUAUGGAAUGGGCUCAUCUAAUUGGUUCCCGGGUGGAGGCCAUUCUGAUCCUAUAGAUCCGGACAUCACUCUUCAGCAUCCGAAUGAUAUGGGUAUCAACGCUGUUCAGUCGCAACCGACAUCCAGACCAAUGAAACUGAUGUCGGACCAAACGAGAGCCUCGGCAUCUCCCACGCAACAAACGCCAUCCACCAUGUUACUUCCCGAUCAACAACCUAGAGGCAAGGCCGGAAUCUACAUGGAUGACGUAAAUCCAUACGCCAAGCCACCAGGUCCUCUCGUGACUGCACGCCAGCUUCACGAACCUCUCCGGACGUCCGAAAUGCUGCAACAAAAUUUCAACCAAUCACAUUUAUUCUACGACCGAGUCCCAGGUAGCUAUGACUCAUCUGUUGGAGGAACGAGUGUUGGGCCAUCCCUAUCGGUAGGUCAAGUGGUCAAUACUUUUGACAGUCAUCAAGCUCCUCUCUGGACUACGGGGCCCUGGCAAUCGGACAAUGCUCAUCGCUUCGCUAUGGAUGUAAGAAGCAGAUCGGUACACCCUAUGGAGUAUCAACAGCAAGGUGUGAUGAUGAACUGCCUUCCACAAAACCUCGGCACCAAUCACGUUCACUACGGACAAAUGAGAACGCAGCCGAUUGGAGCCAAUCACACUUCAGCAACAUGCAGUCCUCUAGAGGGAAACAUUCGAUAUGUUCGUUCGAAAUCGAGUAAGCCUGGACGGUAUAAAAUCGACAACAGUCAAGUAGCCACAUCACAAUUUGAAGCAAGAGCAUUUCCCAGCCACUUGAGCAAACCGCUAACACCGGAAACUCGACUGAAUCAAGCUCCACCGGGACAGCAGUUCAGCGUACAUGUCACUUCAGGUAGUGCGAAUCUGGCGCAAUUCUAUCCUGAUCUCAUCUCCUAUCCGCUUCAUCAGCACAUGCAGCCUGAGUAUACGUCACAUCACGUGACAUGUAGUCCACAUGGACAAGUGACAUCUAAUCACGUUCUUCGAACGCACUCCGCUGCAACCCAAGCUGGUGCACUAAUGUCAACAACUGAGCCACGACCUCUGCAUCCUCCUCCGUUGCCAGAGCAUGGUGUGAUCAGUCCAACCAAACGAAGAGACCGGAGCACUCACGUAAGUGAACGGAAUAUAGCCACUAAAGAGGAUUCUGAACGUCCACAGACAGAUGAAUGCUCCCCACAACCAAUCUCACAGUCAUCUAGAGCCGGACAGUCACCAAACCAAACGAAACCAGCCUCAUCCUCUGCCAAAUCCACUCUGGCCGGUAUGUUUGGUCUGGGCAGUCGCAAAGCCAAAAAAGUUUCCAAAAAAUCUCCGCAGCCGGACAUCUCUGAAACUGGCAAUAAGAUCAAUACGGAUGCACACAACACCUUCCUUCUUGUGGGAAACUCACCCAAGCCAAAAACUGCUCAGUCUGUGCAUCGGAGUAACACGACUGCCGAACAAAAUAGAUCUGAUUUCCCAUUGGCUGGACCACACCAAAAUAUCCAACCCGUUUCCAAACGUGUCAUCACCACCCAGAAUAGAAUGCAGCCAAAUGUGAAAAUUCCAUCCUCCUCUGAGUUUGGACAACCGGUCAUAAACCAGGAUAUGGAAAAGUCGUCCGUAGGUCCGAUUCAGCUUGAAUCGUUGGCUCGAAAACUGGCCUGUUGCUCACAAAUCGAGGGAGUACCGAAAACCGACGAUGCAGAUUCCUGGGUGUCAAACAAGGCAGUGAGACCCAAUCCGAAACACCUCAGUCCACAAUCGUGGAUCAAUCCGAGUAACCGGCGCAAAGAACAUGGCUAUCCUACAUGAUAACCCACCCAACAACCUGGGUCUAAAAUUGUGUACAAACUUGCUCUCCUCUGCUUUUUACCUGUUUCACCACUACUCAGUUCAACCGGAAACUAACCUGUUGGCAAGCUUUUGCUAUGUUGCCUUUUGGGACGCAAAGAUAUUUAUUGAUUUGGUUUACUUCAAACGGUCCCCAAUCUUACUUCUGCCUUUCACACACCUCCGACACGAGCCAGAAUACCUUGUAUGCUCGCCAGAUUAUCCACGAACCGUCCAAAUAAGAAAGAUCA